UCACUGCACAUCAUGACGCCUCCUAAACAUCAUCAAAUAAAAUGGAAUUAGACGGCUUAAUAACUGCUGCCGUGAAAACUGCUUUCACAUCACAUUCUGCGUGGCAAUGCCUUCAGUUUAAAGAAAACAUGUGAAUUCAGUCGUUGCCUCUUCCUGUCCAAACUGAUGGAACAGCAGGAAGUUCCUGAAGUAGCUGGUGGAGAAAACAACCCAGCACACAUCAGAUGUGUCCACACAGCUGCCAAGCUCCAGAACUGUUCUGUGGACUUCGACGCUUCAUCUGACUUAAGGAUGACUGAGUUUCCCUUUACAACACUCUGACUGUUGGCCACAUACUGUCUGAUUAUGUGUAAACACGUAUAAGUUUCAGUUCCUUGUGCAGCCCUGGGUUGUAAAAAUGACAAAUAAAUGAACUUUGGACCUUUUAAUGCCCCGCCUGCUGAAAUCUGCUCCACUCUGGAGCCUUUAAAGCUGCAGCGCGACGGCAUCACAUCAUUUUACAGCCAAGCAGAAGUUGGACGUCACUGAAACUGUGAAGCAGAAGCAGCAUCCAGAGUUUGAUCAGAGAGCUACUGCCCAGGAAACAGCUGAACGAUGAGUCAAACAUCACUGGAGUCCAAACUGGAGGCCCUGCAGUGCCACUUCACCUGGGAUCUGGACCCCAGCAGGUCCAGACUCUUCCGUCUCAGGUACCAGCUGGAGGACAUCGGCACCGAGGAGGGAAACAGCUGGCUGGGUCACAUUUACAACCUGCGGGGGUACGUUCAAUACAAGCUGGGGUUCAGCAAAGAUGCCCAGAGUUUGUUCAACAAGGCUGCAGAGGCCUUCUGCCAGACAAGAAGAGCAGACGCAGACGAGGGUCCCUGGUUAGUGGUGAACUACGGGAACCUGGCUUGGCUGCACCACCACCUGGGAGAACAAGCAGAGAGUCAGGCUUACCUGUCAAAGGUCGACGCCCUGAUGAAUAAAUACCCAUCUCCAUCCCAGGACGAGCUCCAUCCAGAGAUCUACGCUGAGAAAGCCUGGACCCUGAUGAAGUUCAGCACAGACAAGAAGCAGCUGGCAGCAGAUUACUUCCAGAGAGCCAUCAGGAUGCAGCCGGACAUGGUGGAGUGGAAAACCAGCCAUGUCUUAGCGUUAGCGAAAGCUGCUGGGAAAACCAACACAGGACUGGAUGCUGACAUGUUGGAGAAAAUGAGAAUCGCAAAGGAAGAAGAUCCAGAGAACUUGUACCUCGCUGUUUACUACCUUCAACACAAUGCUAAAACGAUGGAGAAAGAAAAAGUUAAAGAUGAAGCUGGAGAGUUAGCUGAAAAGAUUCUGAGGAAUCCAGUCAGCAGCUACAGUGGUUUGAAAGCAUUGCUAUGGGUUUACAUUCGCCACGGAUCUGUUGAUGAGGCCAUUGAUUUGGCAGAAGAGGCUCUGAAACAUCAUCCAGAUGUGCGUUAUCUGAAGAGAUGUGUUGCUCUCUGCUACAGAAUGAAGAUUUAUUCUGAAGAGGACGGUCACCGAGACCAAAGCAUGAUAGUCAAAGCGAUCAGUCUGCAAGAGGAGGUGGUUUCUCUUUACCCUCGAUCUUCUAUUAUGAGGAAAAUAGACCUUGCAAACAUAUGCGCAAAGUCAAAUCUCAGCCUGGAUAAAGCUGAGCAGAUUUACCAGGAGCUGCUAUGGAGUGAUCUGGAUCCUGCAGACAAACAGCUGGUUUACAACAGAUAUGCUAACCAUGUAUACUUUGCACUGAAGAAUAGCCGCAGGUCAGCACAAUACCACAUGAGGGCAGCAGAGAUACCGAUACAAUCCUUCUUUCGUCAGAACAGCAUCACAAUUCUGGAGAAGUUUAGAGACAGAAAGUGGCACAAGAUGAGUAGAGAAGUAGAGGAGUUUCUAGAAAACCUGCCAGAGCCACAAAUGUAGGUGUUGCAUCACCUAAAGAAAUCUGUAAACAGAGAGUUUGAUAACAAACAGAGUUUGGAAAGAUAUGUGGCAGAGCAGAUCGACUUCCCCCUGCUAUGUAUCCUCUGACAGAGAUCCCACUGAAUUUCCUACAAAAUGUUUUCAUUGUUUGUUCUUAUGAUUGAAGUUGA